AUGGGAGUAGCAGGCAGCCGGCAGACCCUUCCCCACAAGUACCUGCUGAGAGAAGCAGCCCACACAGGGCUGGGUGGGCAGAGGGAGCUCAGUGUGGCCCCCCUUGGCUCUCAGCAGGGUGACAGCAUCCCCCCCAUCCAGGGCCCCUGGGUUCGGGGCUGGAAGAGACUCUUGUCAGGUGUGGGGACCACCCUAUCAGGCCUGGACCAGCUGUGGGGACAGCGGAAGCACCAGGGCCCCCAUCUGGGGUCCCUAGAGCCAGCCCUGCUGCCGGCAGAGAAACCCCUGACUGAAUGGCCGGUGCCGAAGCUCAUCUCUCUCUUUUUGCCCGAGUUCCCCAUCCAGCCCCCCCAGGGGCAGCAGCAGCUAAAGGUCCUGGGGUUUGUGGCCAAGGGCUCCUUUGGGACUGUCCUCAAGGUGCUGGACUGUGGCCUGGGGGCCUUGUUGGCUGUGAAGGUGGUCCCCAAGGUAGAAGUCCUUCAGCGAGACAGCUUGAGGCAGUGCAAGGAGGAGGUCAACAUUCAGCGCCAGAUCCGCCACCCAUUUGUGAGUGGCUUGGGAGGCAGCUGGCAGGGACAGCGGCACCUCUUCACUAUGUACAACUACUACAGCACAGGAGACCUGCACUCUCUCUGGACCACGGUUGGCUGCUUUUCUGAGGCUGCUGUCCGCCUCUUUGCUGCUGAACUGGCCCUGGGUGUGGGCUACCUUCAUGACCUGGGCAUUGUGCAUCGAGAUCUAAAGAUGGAGAACAUUUUACUGGAUGAAAGAGGCCACUUAAAGCUCACAGACUUUGGGCUAUCGAGACACCUACCCCAAGGAGGGCGAGCUUACACUAUCUGCGGGACGCUCCAAUACAUGGCCCCAGAAGUCCUGAGUGGUGGGCCCUACAACCACGUUGUUGACUGGUGGUCCCUGGGCAUCUUGCUUUUUGCCCUGGCAGCUGGAAAGUUCCCACUGCAGUCUGAGAAGGAUCACGUGGCCAUGUUGGCAAGUGUGACUCACUGUGACUAUGAGGUCCCGCCCUCUCUUAGCCAGGGGCUUUCUCUUCUGCUCCAGGAGCUCCUGUGCCACAACCCCUUCCAUCGUCUGCGCUACCUGUAUCACUUCCAGACCCAUCCUUUCUUUCGGGGCAUGGCCUUUGACCCUGAGCUCCUGCAGAAGCAGCCAGUAACCUUCGUCCUGGAGGCAAGAGCUGCCCUUCCUGCCCCAGCUGAGGCUGUACUGUUCCAGGAUUUUGACUGUGAUUUGAUGUCUCUCUCAAACCACCUCUGCCCUGCUUGAGCUCCAUUCUCCCACACCCCCCGCCUUCCAAGCUGGAUUGUAGCUGAGAGCCUCAGGACCUUUUCCACCGCCAACUCAGGAAGACCUCCCGAAUGCGCCAAGUUGUCUCUGGCCCACAUACUUGUCCCUUGUUCUUUGUAGCAGCAUUCUUUCCCAUUUUGGAACUUAAAACAUUUUAUAACUGAAGCUGACCCUGUGGGGCUUUGGCCCUCUAGAGGGCUAUUGUCUCCUCUGAGGGAGAGACCAAAGUCUCAUUCCUGGGCAUCCUGCCACAGGCAUCUCAUUGCAUCUUCUUCCCUCUCCUGCCCCUCCUCAUUCAGUAGGCCAGAGCAGGCAUCCUCCCUGUUUGCUCUUCACGUCUGCCAGCCUCAGGCUCUUAGCCAGGGUUCUCCAGGCCACUUCUCCCUUGCUUAUUUCCUUUCUCCAGCAGUACUGAACUCUGUACUGACACAAGUCGCUUCCUCAAGGUGCUUGACAAGCUUAGCCAGCCUGUCCCUUUUCAGAAGCAAUAACUGUUUUUUGUAAGGAUAUAAAUCACCCUUGCCCCAACAAUUUACAUUUUAAAUUGUGAUCUAAGGAUUCAAGGCCUGAUUGUGCAAUAUAUUAAAUAAAGAAAAUGAAAUUGAGACUUUUACAGCCUGUUGUGAGGAGGAGACAGGACAGCUGAGACAUAGGUAGGUUUGGGUCUCCAGGGGUAUACCUGGGAAAAGCAUAGGGUUAAUUAUCCAAUUAUCCAAUAGGGUUAAUUAUCCAAUGCCAUGUUGGAUGUGUGUCCAUGAUCCUUUCCUCCAAGAUUCAUUUUCUAAUAGGGCCACUAAAGGACCCUUGUGGAAGUGUAGUUCUCCUCCUGAACACAACUUAAAAAGUAUAGGGAUAACUGUCCAAAGCAGGAAAGCUUCAGUCAGCCAUGCCUCUAUCUCACCUUUUGCAAAGUCUCUAUUUUUAGUUUAUAACCUCACCUCAGGUAAUGGACUUUGCUUCCUUCAUGUUAGGUUUUUUUAACACUGCAUUUGCCAAGUCUUUCAGGUUCCCACACUGUGUUUUUUUGAUGGGAAGUUUCCAUAAGAAAAGACAUGGACCAAGAAGGAAGAACUACAUGUUCAUUUGAAGGGAAAUCAGAGUGAGAACUGGAUUCUGAUGUCUCUGGAUUCAUUGAAGCCCUUCAGCUGUGGCUUUGUACUGGGGAGACUGUAUUGUUAUUACAGGGACAGACCUCUUUUGGAGUGACUUGGCCUUGGGCUCAGUAAUUGCUGCUAGUAAACUUGUACUCAUUGUG